AUGGAGAAGUUUUCUAAAUUCAGGGACGGUGCGACGGGCGUAGCGCCAUUUUUACCAGUAAAGCACACUCAGGCGCCUUCUGCCUUGUCCAAGGUUGUUUUGGCGCCAUUAGCUGUAGUUUCCUGGCCCCUGCUUGUUGUAUACUUUUUCGCCUACUUCUUGCUGUUCCAGUGGAUCCCAUUUGUGUCCACGUGGUACUUACAGUUCAUUCUCAAAUCCUUGAGGCUUUUGUAUAUCAAUUUCAGCUACGAGGGUGAGAAGCGUGUAUCUGCACGGCGCUGCCAGCAGUUGAGGGCAAAGCCCGGCGAUGUGAUUAUCUCGAACUUCGUGUCGCCCUUGGAUGCGAUUGUUUUCGCAGCUAGACAGCCGACAACUUUUGUAUUCCCCACGACUGACGGCCAAUUUGCAACUGCGGGGGUUCUGGCGGCCGCCAGCCAGGCACUGUCGAGCCAGGCAUUUAGUGCCAAAGGAAAGGACAUUUCCAGCAUUGCGAGCAAGGCCAAGUCUCAGGGCACGGUCAUUGUGCUGUUUGUUGAAGGGACAGCAUCCAAUGGCCGCGGUCUGUUGACGUUGAAAGAUGUGAACGUUACACAAUUCAAUGAGGCGAAGUCUCCGCUAAAUGUCUUCCCGGCUGCCGUGCGUUAUACCCCCGGAACUGCGGCGAGCCCUCUGCCUCAAACGAGUAUGGGGUAUUUGUGGCGCUUGCUCAAUGAGUCGUGGUGGUAUAUGUGCUCAGUGCGUGUUGGCAGUGAGCCGCUGCGUGGGGAGGGUAUUACCGCUGAGUCGAUGACUCGAGCAAUUUGCACUGUCGGCCGACUCCGCCAGCUUGGAGAUGAGCUGGAUUUAGAAGCAAAACAAGAGUUUCUCAAGGCUUACAAGGAAAAGCGAUGA